CUCCAUAUCUGCUCUGCUUCAUAUUCCUUAUAUAUCUUCUCCUCCUCUUUCUCUUCUCUCAUCUGCACCUCUCCUCAUCUCCCUUCUUCUCAUAUCUUUUGUUUAUCAUGGCAGAACCCGACUCUGAACAACCGCCGGCUGUCGCCGACGAAAAACAGCUCUCCCAGGCCGCCUAUCGCGCGCUUCCCUACUCAGACAUCCGUCCCCCGGUCUACAGGUCCACCGCCCAGGAAAUCGCCGUCACCAUCGCGCUCACCUUUGGCGCCGCUCUUGCCUCCUCCAACCUUGGCGCCUCGCAGAUUGCGCUCGCCCACAUCGGCCGCUCUUUCGAUCUCUCGGGCGCAAAGCUCUCCUGGGCCGUCUCUGCGUUCUCGCUCUCCGCGGGCUCGUUCGUGCUCCUGCUCGCCAGCAUCGCUGACCACAUCGGCCGCAAGCGCAUGGUCCUUAUUUCAUACACCUGGUACACUCUCUGGACGCUUAUCGGCGGCUUCAUGAAGAACGAAAUUGUCUUCUUUGUCUUUCGCGGCUUCCAGGGUCUCUCCGGCGCGGCAACCAUCCCCGCAGCAGUGGGCAUCCUCGGCGCCACCUACACGAGCGGCAAGCGCAAGAACCGCGUCAUGGCAACCUACGGCGCAGGUGCACCACUCGGCUUUGUCAUCGGCAUUGUCGUCGGCGGAAUCUGCUCGCAAUUCAUCUCCUGGCGCGCAUCGUUCUGGUUCUUUGCGAUCGAGUACGCGCUCUUCGCGGUCGUCGUCUACUUCCUCGUCCCGCCGGACGAAGCCAUGGACUGGACCGAGACCAAGGCCGCGCUGGCAAAGAUCGACUACAUCGGCGCAUCGCUGUCGACCGUCUCGCUCGUCGUCAUCGUCUUUGCGCUCACGCAGUCCGGCGUCGCGAGUAGAGGCUGGGGCGAGCCCUACGUGAUUGCGUUGCUCGUCGUCGGCGUCGUGCUCUUCGCCGUCUUUGUCGCGUGGGAGUCCAAGGCCGCGCACCCGCUCAUGCCGCUCUACAUCUGGAAGUACCCGCGCUUCGCGCUCUGCAUGCUCAUCGUCGCCUGCGGGUUCAUGAACUUCCUCGGCGUGAUAAACUACUACCUCACCCUCUUCUUCCAAGACGUCCGCGGCGCCUCCGCGAUUCUCACGACCGCCUACCUGAUCCCGCAGGCAGUCGCGGGUAUUAUCGUCAACAUCAUCGCCGCGCUCACGCUACACAUCAUCCCCGGCCGCAUCCUCAUGCUCAUCGCCAACCUCGCCUUCUUCGGCUCCUCAUUGCUCUGGGCCCUGCAGCCGAUGCACAUGAGCUACUGGCCGAUGGCGUUCCCCGCAAUCUGUCUCUCCGUCGUCGGCGCAGACCUCUGCUUUAACGUCGCAAACCUACACACCCUCUCCACCGUCCCGCCCGAGUCGCAGUCGACGGCAGCAGGCAUCUUCAACACCGUCAUGCAACUCGCGGCCGCGAUCGGCAUCGCAGCCUCUUCCACCGCCGUUGACGCGGCGUACAAUUACAGCACGCACACGGGCGCCGAGCGUACAUAUGACAGCUACAAGGCUGCGUUCUGGUUUGGCUGCGGAAUCAGCGGUGUGGGCGUCAUUGCGUCGGUGUUUUUGAAGGUCGGGGUUACGGGCAAUCAGAAGGCGAUCGAGACUGAGGAUGAGUUGGAGAGCAGUCCUGUGUCGUCGGAGAGUAAGGAUAUGGCUGUUUUAUGACCUGAGUCUGCUUAUGAUUAUGAGUAAGAUGUUUGUUUACGAGUGAGUUUAUAGAUGUUUAUUCUGUUGUUCUUAUGUGCUGUUGGUAUGGCUUGUGUUUUUUCUUGUUUUGUUUUCGGUUCUUUUUAUCUCUUUAAUUGCGCAUUUUCUAUCUCACUUUCCCUCUAAUUUUCUUUUAUUUAUCUCCAUCUUUAUUCAUCUUGUAUCUCGGUUUAUAGACAUAAUGCACCUCAUCACUUUGAUACACGACCUCGAGCAGCCGCGCUGGACGCGGCGUAGAAUAUUCGCAGCGCAGAGGCCAUGAACUCUUCAGUUCUUCAAUCUAUACUGAGAUGUAGAUUAUAGUUAACAGGGGCAACUGCUGAGGUGGCGAUGAGAGAUGGAGAGAGUUAUUUGUAUGUGCAGAGGAUUUGUGGGUUGAGAGGUGGUGGGUGGACUGGUCGGGAGUUGAGAUGGUAC